AUGGGCGGUAUUGGAAAGACUGCCUUGGCUCAACGACUGUAUAAUGAUGCAAGAGUGAAUAGAUGUUUUGAGAUGAGAGCAUGGGUUUGUGUUUCAGAUGUUUUUGAUGUUCUCGACAUAACAAAGACUAUUUUACGGUCAAUCACUAGGUUGCCCUGUGAGGGCAAAGAUCUAAACGAGUUUCAAGUUAUGUUGAGGGACAAUCUUUUCGGAAAGAAGUUUCUUGUGGUUCUAGAUGAUAUGUGGAAUGAGAAGUACGAAAAAUGGACUGACCUCUUAAAGCCAUUUGUAGUGGGUGCUAGGGGAAGCAAGAUUAUUGUUACGACUCGCAACCUUGCUGUUGUUAAAAUGACAAGAGCUCAGCCGUAUCUUUUGGAGGAAUUGUCCCUUGAUGAUUGUACAAGCUUAUUAGCCUUUUCAUGCUCUUGA